CGACGGCGGCGCAGCAGCAGCAACAACGCAGCAGCAACACUGCAACCUGCAACAUCAGCAUUCCGGUCGUCGGCGACGCUACGACGGCCUGUCAUCGGUAGGCAAUGCAACGCGCUGUGCAGCAACGGGUUGGACCUGGCGUAAGAUGGGUAGCGUGCUAUUCGCAGCUGUAUUCAUAGCAUUACACUUUGCCACCGGCGGCCUGGCCAACCCAGAUGCCAAGCGACUCUACGACGACCUGCUGAGCAACUACAAUCGCCUCAUCCGACCCGUGGGCAACAACUCGGACCGCCUCACCGUCAAGAUGGGUCUGCGCCUCUCCCAGCUGAUCGAUGUGAAUCUGAAGAAUCAAAUUAUGACAACCAAUGUGUGGGUGGAGCAGGAAUGGAACGACUAUAAAUUGAAAUGGAAUCCGGAUGACUAUGGCGGCGUGGACACGUUGCACGUUCCCUCCGAGCAUAUAUGGCUGCCGGAUAUUGUGCUCUAUAACAACGCCGAUGGCAACUAUGAAGUGACAAUAAUGACAAAAGCAAUUCUUCAUCACACGGGCAAAGUGGUGUGGAAACCGCCCGCCAUUUACAAAUCCUUUUGCGAAAUUGAUGUCGAGUACUUUCCCUUCGACGAGCAGACAUGUUUCAUGAAGUUCGGCUCCUGGACCUACGACGGUUAUAUGGUCGACUUGAGGCACUUGAAGCAGACCGCCGACUCGGACAACAUCGAGGUGGGCAUCGACCUGCAGGACUACUACAUCUCCGUGGAGUGGGACAUCAUGCGGGUGCCGGCGGUGCGCAACGAGAAGUUCUACAGCUGCUGCGAGGAGCCGUAUCUGGACAUUGUGUUCAACCUGACGCUCCGCCGGAAGACGCUCUUCUACACGGUCAACCUGAUCAUCCCCUGCGUGGGCAUCUCGUUCCUGUCCGUUCUGGUCUUCUACCUGCCCAGCGACUCCGGCGAGAAGAUCUCGCUCUGCAUCAGCAUCCUGCUCUCGCUCACCGUGUUCUUCCUCCUGCUGGCCGAGAUCAUUCCGCCCACCUCGCUGACGGUGCCGCUGCUGGGCAAGUAUCUGCUCUUCACCAUGAUGCUGGUCACGCUCUCCGUCGUGGUCACCAUCGCCGUGCUCAAUGUGAAUUUUAGAUCCCCUGUCACGCAUCGCAUGGCGCCGUGGGUGCAGCGCCUCUUCAUCCAGAUCCUGCCCAAGCUGCUCUGCAUCGAGCGGCCCAAGAAGGAGGAGCCCGAGGAGGAUCAGCCGCCCGAGGUGCUCACCGAUGUCUAUCACCUGCCGCCGGAUGUGGACAAGUUUGUCAACUACGAUUCGAAGCGUUUCAGCGGCGACUACGGCAUUCCAGCACUACCCGCUUCGCAUCGCUUCGACUUGGCCGCCGCUGGCGGGAUUAGCGCCCACUGUUUCGCAGAACCGCCGCUGCCCUCCUCACUGCCACUCCCCGGCGCCGACGACGACCUGUUCAGCCCCUCGGGCCUCAACGGAGACAUCAGUCCCGGCUGCUGUCCGGCCGCUGCAGCCGCCGCUGCCGCCGCCGCCGCCGCCGAUCUCAGUCCUACGUUCGAGAAGCCCUACGCCCGCGAAAUGGAGAAGACCAUCGAGGGAUCCCGCUUCAUCGCGCAGCACGUGAAGAACAAGGAUAAGUUUGAGAGUGUGGAAGAGGACUGGAAGUACGUUGCCAUGGUAUUGGAUCGUAUGUUUCUGUGGAUCUUCGCGAUCGCUUGCGUGGUCGGCACAGCGCUGAUUAUCCUGCAGGCGCCCAGCUUGUACGACCAAUCGCAGCCGAUCGAUAUACUCUACUCGAAGAUUGCCAAGAAGAAGUUCGAGCUGCUCAAGAUGGGCAGCGAGAACACCUUAUAG